AUGUCCCUGCUGCCUAGCACCAUAGGCCUGGCUGGCCUGCUCCUCUGGGCAGGCCAAACAGUGGAUGCCUUGAUGAUAUCCAAUGCCACUCUGGCACUGUCCAGACCUGAGGACACAGCCACGAGGCCCCUGAGUGGCCUAGGGGUGCUUCGGCAUCGCCGGAAGCGUCACAUCUCUGCCCGAGACAUGACCACCUUAUUGGAUUAUCACAACCACAUCCGAGCCAGCGUGCACCCACCUGCUGCCAACAUGGAGUACAUGGUCUGGGAUGAGCAGCUGGCCAGAUCUGCUGAGGCAUGGGCCACCCAGUGCAUCUGGGCUCACGGGCCCUCGCAGCUGAUGAAAUACGUGGGGCAGAACCUCUCCAUCCAUGCCGGCCGGUUCCGCUCCGUGGUGGAUCUGGUAAAGGCGUGGUCUGAGGAGAAGCGGCAUUACUUGUUUCCUGCCCCGAGGGACUGCAACCCACACUGCCCCUGGCGCUGCAGCGGCCCCGUGUGCUCGCACUACACUCAGAUGGUGUGGGCUUCCUCCAACCGGCUGGGCUGUGCCAUGCACACUUGCAAGAGCAUCAACGUCUGGGGCAGCACCUGGCAUCAGGCAGUGUACCUGGUCUGCAACUAUGCCAUUAGGGGCAACUGGCUUGGAGAGGCGCCAUACAAGGUGGGGAGGCCGUGUUCUGCUUGCCCUCCCAGCUACCAAGGCAGCUGCAGUAACAACAUGUGCUUCUCCGGCCUCAAGUCCAACAGGCUCGUGUGGUUCUGA